AUUCUACUUACCCCCUGCAGUCUCCAGCGCGGUCAUCCCAGCCAACUCCUCGGUCCAGCCCACUUUAGCCCCUCGCCUACCGGGCGCUUCUACCCCCCCUCCCUGCCCACCGGGCGCUUCUACCCCCUCCCUGCCCACCGGGCGCUUCUACCCCCUCCCUGCCCACCGGGCGCUUUUACCCCCUCCCUGCCCACCGGGCGCUUUUACCCCCUCCCUGCCCACCGGGCGCUUUUACCCCCUCCCUGCCCACCGGGCGCUUUUACCCCCUCCCUGCCCACCGGGCACUUUUACCCCCUUCCUGCCCACCGGGCACUUUUACCCCCUUCCUGCCCACCGGGCACUUUUACCCCCUUCCUGACAGGGGCACUUCUACCCCCUACCUGCCCACCGGGCACUUCUACCCCCUACCUGCCCACCGGGCACUUCUACCCCCUUCCUGCCCACCGGGCACUUCUACCCCCUUCCUGCCUACAGGGCACU